UCUCGUUGACAGUCGGCAGUCACUCCUCUGGUGUCGGUGGAGCGCGGUCACAGAGACGCAGGCGGGAUGUCAUCGCGGCUCUCCUUCUCUCAGUACCGCUUAGAGGCGGAGGUCGAGCGCUGCCGUGCGGAGUGUCAGUGGGAUAAAAUACCGUCUUUAGUGGAGCAGCUCACUGCUGCGCGCCUGCAUGACGAUGAUGAUUACAGGACACUGUUGCUGGCUGAAGCUCUGCUGGAAGAAUGUCUGCUGGAGAACAUGACCCUGCUGAAGAUUUCUACGCCUCUGACUGAACAUUCACUGCCAAAACUAGCCCGAGCCAAAGCUCACCUUGACGGCAUCCUUUGCAGAGGACUCCUGGAGCCGCACUACCUGAAUGAAGCUCUGCUACUGCUGGCUAAAGUGCACUACGUUCAGGGACGCUACAGGGACGCCCAGGGCAUGUGUGCCAGAGCAGGUGUCGAUGAUUUCACCCGCCAAGAGCAUCCUGUCUACCAACUUCGCAUGCUGGCAGAGGCCUUUGUCAUUAAAGGUUUGUCUUUGGACCAUCAGUCUAUGUCAGGUGCUUCCCGUGUUAGACUGUCUGAGAGAGAGGAAGAAUGCCUGACCUGUUACCUCAUGGCCUGUGAUGCUGGCCUUUUAUAUCUGCAAGAGCUUGACAAGACUGUUUGCACGCCAAGUUCCAAAACAGCUAAAAGCGGUUCAUCAGUCCCUCAAUUUGAUUUGGACCCAGGCUUCUUCCUGCAGGCAGCUCUUCAGAGCGCAUACCUAUCGCUGCUGAGGAAAGGUCACUUGGCUCAGGGUACGCACCAGCUGCGGCGGGUCAUGAGGGCUGUGGAGAGUCGGGGGUCUCAGAGUUUUCGUAAGACAGUAGCAUGCAGGCUUGCAGAAGUGUUGCUGGGUUCAGUGUGUGAGGACGCGUACUGGGAUCCACUGUCUCCUCCACCACCCGGCUGGCUGAAGAAAGAAGGUGUCACACACCCCAAAGAUGCCAUCUACCCCUCGUCCAAACCACCACAACGCUACAACACUGAGGGAGCUUUCUGUCCACAGGACGUGGUUGAAGAGGCGGUGCUGGUGCUCCUCAUCACAGAAUCAAUGGCCAGCGGCGAGGCAGUGAUCAGCCGCACCCCGGAGCACCGGGAGGCGAGGGUGAGCAGCAUGCAGGAUGCCUCCUCUGUUUAUGACCUGCUGACCAUCGGUAUGGCCAGGAGGGGGCAGUACUCCAUGCUGUCAGAGUGUUUGGAGCGGGCCAUGAAGUUCUCCUAUAAUGAGUUUCAUCUUUGGUACCAGCUUGGCUUGUCUUUGAUGGCAAGUGGGAAGAAUGAGGGUGCAGUGUCAGUCCUCAAAGAGUGUGUGACAAUGAGACCACAGGACCCCAUCCCACCUCUGCUUGCAGCAAAAGUGUGCAUCAACCAGCUGCACUGGCUGGAGGAUGCAGUGUCCCUCUCAGCAGGUGUGGUUGCUUUAGGAGAGUGUGCUGGGGAGUCUCUUCCUCAAGCUCAUCUGGCCAUAGGACUGUGCCGUAGUAUGCAGGCAACUGACGCCACGCUGAAAGCCGAUCGCGAUGAGUUCAACAGAAGAGCGCUGCAGUCACUGCGCAAAGCACAUGCACUGGAUCCUCAGGACCCUCAGAUCUCCUUCUUCCUCUCUCUGCAGCUCGCUUUGGUUCGACAGGUGUCAGAAGCGAUGAAACCGUUGGAGUUGGCUCUAAAUGUUCGUGGGGAUGAUCUGCACUCUCUACACCUGCUGGCUCUACUACUCAGUGCCCAGAAACACUACCAACACGCCCUUGAUAUGCUCAAACUCGCCCUUAACCAGCACCCAGACAACUUUAAUCUUCUCUUUACCAAAGUGAAGCUGGAGGAGGUUUUGUUCGGACCUGCUGCAGCUUUACAGACCUGUGCAGAAAUGCUGCAGUUGUGGCAAAGUCGUUAUGAUUUUACCCGACUCAGUGAGGAGGAUGACACUAGUAGCAUACCCCCUGAUCCAGGCCCACUGAGCAGGAAACCCAGCGGCCUCCAUCUUACCCUCCCAGACUUCCAGGAGACAGAGACCGGGUCUCAGAGUGCUCCGUCUCUAGCUGUGUCCCGUCUGGAACAGGCCAUGUCGGAAGUGUCUGCCCUCAGCUCCACCCACAGGCAUGGCCCUGCCUACAUUUGGACCACCCUGGAACGCAUCUGGCUGCAAGCAGGGGAGUUGUUCAUCGCUGACAGGCGGAUGAAGGAAGCUCAGUUCUGUGUUCAGGAGGCAGGAACUCUCUUCCCCACCUCACACUCAGUGCUGCUGCUCAAGGGCCGUGUGGCUGAGCUUAAGGGCAACGACACGGAAGCCAAGAGCCUGUACGAUGAAGCUCUUGCCAUCAACCCCAGAGGACACCACAUACUGCUGCACCUGGGGAAGUUGUUGGUGCGCACAGGCCGUGUGGGUCUUGGGGAGAAGAUGCUAAGGGACGCGAUACAAGUUCAGAACACGGCACACGAGGCCUGGAGCGCCCUAGGGGAGGCGCUGCAGAGCAGAGGCUGCACACAGGCUCCGGACUGCUUCCUCACCGCACUGGAGCUGGAGUCCAGCUGCCCUAUCCGGCCCUUCACCAUCAUCCCACGAGAACUCUGACACAUCUAUGACACAAAUAUGUAUGGAGGGAAUGCUGGCUUUCCAAUCACUUUAAAUGACACAUACUGUAUAACAAAAACAUUGCACUUUUCGCUCUUGAUUGAAAGGGAGCGUAAUCACAACUUGAUAGUGUUGUUGAUAGUGAAAUUUCACAAGCAGACAAGGUCCAUUGUGAAUGGAGUAGUGAUUCAUGAAGCACCGCUCACCCAGCUUUCCGUUGCUCAAUAUGGAAAAUGAAAAUUGACAAACUUCAAAAAAUCUGCAUGUGGAAAUGUUUUGCCCUCACACAAAGUUCCAGAUUGUGUGAAUUCCCAUUGAAACUGCAAUAUUUCAAAAUGUGACCUUAAAGGCCUGUUCACACCAAGAACGAUAACUAUAAAGAUAACUAUAAUAUUAGCGUCCACACCAAUGGACGAUUAUUUAUUACAUUUAUUAAGUUGCUGUUUGGAUUUUAAUAGGCAAAUACUUAAGAGUCUAUGAUUGAGAGACUAUGGCACUGAUUAUUAUGUUUCUAUCAUGUCAUAUGUUUGGCAACAGUUCUUCUAACCCUAUAUGAUGGAGUGUGUAGCUUUUCAUUUCUUAAACAACUAUGUAGGAAGACACAUUGUGGCCAUAUUCCAGGAUGACAAAGCCAAGAUUCAUCAGGCUCAAAUUGUGAAUGGUUGGGUUGGGAGCAUGAAGAAUCAUUUUAAAGAUGACAGAAGUUUUACAACAAAAGAAACAUUUCAGCAAGACAAUUACAUUUAGCACAAAGUUUGACCCAGUAAGUGCUUAUUUUGUCACCAGCAGAGUUCACUUUUUUUUUUUUCCUCAAGCACUUCAGCAGAAAAUCAACAAUUUGAAAUGCAAUUCGAAAUGGAAGUGCAAGUAAAGGGGAAAAAGAGAGAAAUGUUUGAAUCCUCUGAUAAGUUCAGUCAAGUAAAGUCUCUUUGAAUUUUUAGGUUUCAAAUCCCUGUUCGGGCUCCACUUCUGUAACGGUGGCGACACCCGGCUGUACACUUUUAACCUCAAAAUUACUUUACUUUUUCGUUCGGGCACCAGACAGUAAACACUGUCAAAUUUAAACCUUUCCUGGAUAGCUCUAAAGCCACCAGUUACAUACAAUAAACAAAACUCAAAAAAGAAAGAAAGUUCAUUUAGUUAUUACAAAAAAAAAAAAAAGAUUCAAAAAAUUUCCCCACAAACAGAAUAACAGGUUUGCAUAGAGUGGAGCAACAAUGAUCAUAUAAGUCCAAAAGAGGAAAACAGCUUUGAAUGCAAAGACAACUCAGUUUUGAGUAAUGGGUGACUGCCCUACGAAGUGAUUCAUGCCGGUAGUUUUUUUUUUUUUUUUUUCCAGUCACUCACAGUUUAUGCAACAAUAUGGCAGUUCAAUAGAAGUUCCACAAUUUGUCACAGGAAAACUGUGGGUUUCUUUCCACAUCAGCAGAUUCAAAAUUGCAGGUCUGAGCAUAUCGCAGGUUCAAUGAUGAGUGCUUAGGGAACGACGAGGCGUCUAAUCGACGUGAAUCUAUCGGAUAUCUCCAUAUCAGCUGUGCCAACCCGCAUAGGCUGGAAUAGGCUUGCAUGAAACUUGUACAUGCAAGUACAAAAAAAAUCAUUUCUCCUCUCCCAAACUCACUGGAGUGUGUCCAAAAGCAACAGGCCGAAACUACAUGUCAAUCAUCAUCUCACACGUCAUCACAUUCACCUUCCUGCAGGAGAUCUGCCUCAGGAACAAGGCCUCCUAUGUGCGCUAUUUUCCCCCUUUUUUAUACGCUGCUCUCAUUAUUAACAUGCCUCCUUUAUGACGUUCGUUAAAAUGAAAGUAAAUGGUAUUACCGGCUACUCUGCUACAACAUCAAUUGACACCGUCCAGACCUUAAAUUCAUUGAAAGUCUUUGGGAUUUGCUGGAGUAGACUUUACAGAGUGCUUGACUCUUGCAUUGUCUUGAUCAUCAGAACAUUUCCUUCCAUCAAGAGGUUGCAUCAAUUUUUGGUCAAGAUCUUGUAUUGACAUUACAAGAGUCGAGCACUCUGUAAAGUCUUCUCCAGCACAUCCCAAAGACUUUCAAUUCUGAAAUAUGGCCAUGAUGUGUCUUUCUACAUGGUUGUUUAAAAAAUGAAAAGCUACACACUCCAUCAAUUAGGGUCAGAAGAACUGUUGCCAAACAUAUGACAUGAUAGAAACAUAAUAAUCACUGCAAUAAUGAUCCAGUCAUAGACUCUUAAGCAUUUGCCUAUUUAAAUCCAAACAGCGACUUUUUUGGGGUGGGCAGUGUAUAAACGCACACUACAAUUUUUGUUGACUGCAACUUUAAAUGCUUGCACUAGUCAUGUGGAUUCUGACUGUGUCAUUGAUUCCAACAGUAUUGUUCUUAUUUAUCAUUACAGUUGUGGUGUGGACUUCCGUAUUCCCAAAGUACUAGAAUGAUUAUUAAAACUUUAUAGUUCAUUAUAUUUAUUGUCCUUAGUGUGAACGGGCAUUAAGUCUGUCAAAAGCUACCAGCUAACAGCACCUCUAGCAGGACGUUAGCCCAGGCUUAAGUGUAGUGUGAAAAGCCCUACACUGUAGUUACCUUUAUUAUUAUUAUUAUUAUUAUAUCACCUAAAAUAUCACACCGCACUUUUGACAAAAACACCAACAUAAACAUAUACAACAGAAUGACUGAACACAAAACAUUUUCUUUCUAACUGCAGUAUUUUUUGCAAAUAUGUUGCAACAUGUUCAGAUACUGAGUCUUGUUUUUCAGGGACAAAAUUGUUGAAUUCUAUAUUCUUUAGCUCACUUUAAAUUCUUUUAGUAUUUAUAUACCCGGUAAUCACCAGUACUGUAUGUUGGUUAAUGAUUGUUCUUCUUAUAAAGAGUGAUUUUGCAAUCCCA